AUGAAAACUGAUGUUCGUUUAAGCCAAUUUUUCGGAACAGUUAGAUGGUGCACCAAUAUCGCAAAAACCCUAAAAUACCCUUGUAUAAUUAAUCAUAUUGCCUUUUCUUCUUCUAGCCUCCAGAGAACAACAACGAAGAAUAGGGUUUUCCUUAGACUCUCUCCUCUUUCAAGCUCUCGCCGGAUCAAGCUCUCGUCGGAGCAAUCUCUCGCGGCGCCGGAUCAAUCCCUCACCGGAUCGAUCUCUUACCGGAGUAUAGGACAUAUAAUUUCUUCAAGGCACCUCUUCAUUGCAACAAUGACAACUGUCCAUGGCUCUGAUAGUCUUGCAUGGAGUGAUGAGCAAACCCGUUUCUAUCUCCAACUAAGAAUUGAUGAGAAGCUUAAAGGAAACAUAAGAAAACAUGUUGUGAAUGAUGCUGGGAGACAAUCAAUCAUUGAUAAGUUUUAUGAAGCGUAUGGGGAAAGACAUCCAUGGAGAAAAUUUGGGAUCAAAUUUACUACUUGCAAGAAACAGUAUGAGAGUUUUAGAAAACUGACUCACAACAGAACUGGACUUGGUUGGCAUUCAAAUGGGAGCAUAAACAUGUCUGAGGACUGGUGGAACGACCGAUGUAAGGAGUGGCCUGGAGCUAGGAAAAUUAAAGAUAAACCAGUAGCAAAUGUUGACUUGAUGGAAAGAGUUUUUGGUACAGUUCAUAUCAGUGGGGCUGAAGGUUGGACUGCGCAGCAAGGUGAAGAGUAUUUGGACACAAUGCAUUUGAAUCAAAAUGAUGAUCCUGUUGUUGAGGAAUCAAGGCAAAUCCCUCUUACUCAAAAUGUUGAUCUUGAUGAUGCUGAAUCAUGGCAAAUCCCUCCUACUCAAAGCAAUGUUGGUAAUGGACUCUCAUCUUCAAGUAAGUCAAGGGCUGGUAGAAAAAGAUCAAGGUCUGUACAAUCAAGAGAAGUUGUAGCAGAAGUGUUGAGGGAUAGUGCUCAGUCACGGGAUAAGAUUCUUGCCCACAAGAACCAACUAAUAGAGAGUCACCCUGAGUUGAGUUGUUGUCAGCUUCGAGCUAUGGAGGUUCUACACUCGCUGCCUGCUAUAAGGAUGUGGUCUCCUUUAUAUAAAGCAUCAAUUCAACAUCUCAAGAAAGAUAUUUCCAAUCGUCAAACGUUUUUAUAUUACAAAGAUGAUGAGAACAAAAUUCUCUACUUGGAGUUUGCAACUGGUCAAAGCAGGGAUGCAUGAGUUCACAACUAGAUAUUCUAAUGUUUGGGUCACAACUAGUGUCUUAUGUCUUAUGUUUUUCUAAACUCUAGUGUCUUUCAAUAUGUAUGAGAUCUUAUUAUAUGUAUUAGAAGUAUUUUUCUUUGGUUUACUUA